AGAGAACACAAUAGCAGUGGGGGAAGAGAAAUAGAAGGUGUUUUGGGACUGUACCACCUGUGACUGUGUCUGUAGGAACGUGACGUUGUGCUGCAGCGCAUUGCAGAGGAUCGUAAGUCAAAGCAGGAGAAGGAGCACAUGGUCACCCCCCACAAAUGUCUGAAGUCUGAAAGGCCGAGUUUGGACAAGCCCAAUAAUUCCUGUGCCUUGAUGGUGCGCCUCCCUUGUGGCCGCUCAAUACGUGUGGCAUUCCCAGCAGACUCUCCAUUACAGAGUGUGUAUGAUCAUGUGCACUUGAUAGAACCAUCGCUCAGCCCCUGCACACUUAGAAGCAGCUAUCCUGCCAGGCAUUUCUCUGAUGUGGAUCUCCUCUGUAGUCUUCAUGAGCUUGGACUGACUCCUAAUGCUACUCUCUGUGUAUGUCCCAAGCAGAUCCCUUCAGCUGUGCAUGAAGCAAAUCCCAGGCCACAAGUGUCCUGUGUAUCUGCCCCUCUAGGUGUAACCUCUGAUCCCCACCAUGUGAUUGCUGAAGGACAUGUGGCCUCUGAUCCCCACCAUGUGAUUGCUGAAGGAUAUGUGGCCCCUGAUCCCCACCAUGUGAUUGCUGAAGGACAUGUGGCCCCUGAUCCCCACCAUGUGAUUGAAGGACAUGUGGCCCUUGAUCCCCACCAUGUGAUUGCUGAAGGGGAUGUGCUUAGGGCAGCGCUGAGUGCUCCAGCUCAUUCUGUGUCCCUCAAUGUGCACAUGAGAGAGGGGCCACACUCCAGGCCUGUGCACCACUGGGGAGCUGGACGUCCAUUACAGGAACAUGAAGCAGUUGGAAAUGAUGAGAUUGAAGGGGUGAAUGUUGCUGUUCAUGAGCACAGGCAGCCGCUAAUCAACUCACACCAGUGGCCAGAACAUGGGAUAAAACUCAGAGAUAGCAAUCAGGGAAGUAGAGCGCCCCUAGGAAAUCCUCCUUCUCCAGAAGACUCCCCGCAAGUCAUGGCAAGAGCCGCAGCAGAGCUCCGGCAGGGGAAUUCAGAAAGACCAACAGCCAUAACGGAGACUCUGAGAGUUCAGGCUGUUCCCAGCUUGCGCCACUUAUCAUUACAAGCAGUCCUUAAUCUCAUAAGCGCCCCCUCCAUGCAGUAUUCUCGAUCUUUCUCCCGCGUCACACCGGAAAUAGUGGAACUUAUUAUUGAUCACAUGAUCGAAGAGCGUGUCUUACGCCCAAGGACACUAGAGCUGUUUGGAGGCUGCCCAAUUCACCGGAUAUCCCUCAGAUGUUACCAGUACUGCACCAAUGAACUGAUCCGACACCUGCGCAAUUUCCCCAGCCUAAAAACGCUGAACAUGAGCUCCUGUAGUCUACUCACAGACCAGGGCCUGAGCGUGGUGAAAUAUUUACACAAGCUGCAGUAUCUGAACCUUGGUGCCUGCCUAAAGCUCACAGAUACCUGUCUGCCACAUCUCCUGGGGCUGAAUCAUCUCUCACAGCUCAUCCUGGAUCAGACAAAAGUGAGCGAUAAAGGAUUGUGCAGCUUUCUGCUCCAAGCUCAGUGCUCUCUCACUCACCUGAGUGUGAAUGAGACGUCUGUAAGUGAGAGCUCGCUGAAUGUGCUGAGCCAGAGUAUGAUGGAUGUGCGAGUGCUAAGUGUGAAGCAUACUCAGAUCUCUGACAUCUCAUCACUAUCCCGUCUCAAGCGUCUGCACACCCUUCAUCUAGAUAACACUCACGUUUCACAGCAGUCUCUAAUGACUGUCACUUCCCUUCCUGCACUCUCAACACUUACAGUGUCUGGAGUGUCAUCUCUCAACUCAGAUAGAGUGCUGGAAGGAUUAUCUGGUCUCUCUCUGACACGCGUGGUCCUACCUGGAAGAAGAUGUCUCUCGGAUAUUGGACUUUCCCAUUUGUCUGGAUUACAGUCUCUUGUGGAGUUGUAUCUAACAGACCACACCCAAAUUACUGAUCAGGGAGUGCAGCACGUCUCGGCACUGAAAAUGCUGAGGAUUCUGUCUCUUUGUAACACGUCUGUGUCUGAUUCUGGACUCCUUUAUCUGCGGGACCUGAGGCACCUGGAGAAUCUUUGCCUGGACAGAACCAAGGUGACCAGCAGAGGGGUGUCUCGGUGCAUACCCCAUCUUCCACACCUUCAGGUUCUUGGUCUCUCUGAUACAAACGUGGGGGAUAAUGUUGUGAAACAUGGCAUUCGGCACUGCAGGCACCUAGUGAAAGUCAAUCUAAGCCGGACUCGCAUCACUAAUAAGGGUCUACGGUUUUUGAAGCAAGUCUCAAUAACGCAGCUGAGCCUGGAUGGCUCCGGAAUCACCUCUCAGGCAGUGUCAGACCUAAUGUCAGCGUGUGUCUCCUUAACCAGUGUGAGGGCCAAUAGCCUGCGUGUCAUCCCCACUGAGGACAUUUCUGAUGAUGAUGAUGAAGAGCCGCCCACACUACAUUGAUGGAAUAAGAAGCUUUGGGAAAGGGAGGGGAGGUUCAACUGCUUUAGAAAAUAGGUUAUACUUUUAUGAGAGAGACCAAAGAAAGCCCUUCACUGACAAUCAAAGAUUUUCUCUAGGCCUCCUCUUUUCUUUUUCUAAUAUUAUCCAAGAGCAACACCAAUUUACAGACAUAACCCCAUAUGUAAUAAAUGGCGCCACAUUGCCCAUAUCAACCAAUAUGAUGUUUGAUUUUCAACUGGCGACCAGUAAAUGCUUCCUGCUGAUUGGUUGCUAUAGGUGAUUAAACCAGUAGCAAACUCUGCACCUUUUAUUACAUUUCCCCACAAGUGUGUAUAAGCCUGAGAGUAAUUGUGCCUCAGAUAUACUGGCUGUGGGGUAACGGUUGUGUUCCAGGCUUUGCUUUUCUUUACUAAUUUCCCAAGAGCCGAGUCUAGUCUAAUUACUAUCAUCCAGAAGCAGAGCCAAGGCCCAUUGCUCUGCAGCUGACGUCUGAUUGUAUCCAUAUAAAUAAAUGUUAGUUUCUCUGCA